AGAAGAGGGGGAAGGAGAAGGGACGGAGGAGAGAGCGGGGGGAUGACUGCAGGAAAGGAAAAACUAAACAACAAUCAUGACUCGAGUAAUACAUUCACCGUUUAUAUUUAUACAAAUGAAUUAUAACACUCGGUCAGUUUACCAUCACAGUUUGCCGCAAUAAAUGACGAGCAUCAGCGAUAAGUGUAAGCUGGCUUGAGAGAGAUGUCAUCUCCGGGUAUGGGUACCCCCAGUGACCCCCUUCUCUACAGUUCAGGGGAGGGGUCAUCUACAUCUCAGGAAAGAUCCUGGAGGAACUCACUACCCAAAACUGCUAGCUUCCCAACGUCCAGUAUUCGGCACCUCAGUCACCGAGCCAACAACUUUCAGAGACAGCCAAAGCGUCAGAAGCAAAUAAGACCUUCACCACCUCCCCCACCAAAUACACCCUGUCCCCUGGACCAGCUGGACCUUAGUGAGCUUCCCCCAAGACGCACCUUCGGAGAGUUGCUCUUCAAUGGCAGCAUACUGUUUGGUAUUGAGUUUAGCUAUGCCAUGGAGACGGCUUAUGUUACCCCUGUGCUCCUACAGAUGGGCUUGCCUGAUCAGUUCUACAGCUUGGUGUGGUUUAUAAGUCCUAUACUGGGAUUUCUCGUUCAGCCUCUCAUUGGAGCGUGGAGUGAUACUUGUACAUCCCGGUUUGGGCGAAGGAGACCCUUUAUUUUAGCUUUGGCUAUAGGCGCUUUAGUCGGUCUGACCUUGGUGCUGAAUGGGCGGGACAUUGGAGUUGCGAUGGCUGACACAGCAUCAAAUCACAGGUGGGGAAUUUUUCUGACAAUUUGUGGUGUGGUACUGAUGGACUUCAGUGCUGAUUCAGCUGACAACCCAAGCCAUGCCUACAUGAUGGAUGUGUGCUGCCCAGAAGACCAAGAUCGGGGGCUGAACAUACAUGCGCUGUUGGCAGGAUUGGGAGGUGGAUUUGGCUAUAUUGUGGGUGGCAUCAACUGGGACCAGACAAAAUUUGGACAGUCAGUCGGAGGUCAACUGCGGGUCAUAUUUAUGUUCACGAGUGUCACUUUGGUAUUUGCCACAGUCAUGACUCUGUUCAGUAUCCCUGAAAGGCCCCUACCAAUGAGCCACCCAAACAAGAACUCCAGCAAAGCUCAUCUAAAAAGCCCCAACCUCCCGCUUCCUCCAUCUCCUCCUGUUCCUCCAGGUUUUGGACUUGAUGAUGACGAUGAGGAAGGUCUUUACAACUAUGAUUUCUCCAAUUCAUGUAACACUGACCCCAUGGGCCAUUCUUGCAGUGCCAGUGCACGCCUUUGUGCUGGCCUCACAAGCCCAAUAUCGCCCCUGAGCCCCCUCACUCCAAAAUAUGGCAGCUUUAUAAGCAGGGACAGCUCGAUCAAUGGCAUCAACGAGUUUGCCUCAUCAUUAGGAACCUCCUAUAUAGACAGUGUUCUCAUAAACUGCUACACAGGCCCACAAACACCACAGGGCCUAGCCUCCAACUCGACCACUGUUCCCCUGCCUCCAGGUGAUUCCCCUCCUCCCCACGAGUCUACACAGGGGUCAGGGAGUCAUUCUGCAGGACAGACCCUGGCCGAUGUGGUGUCUCAUCAAUCAGGGGAAGCUCAAGAUCCAGAAGAGCUACUGCCUAAGGGAGAUGCACAAUCCAUUGAAGCAUCUCAGGUCACAUCUGGAGUUCAAUCCUUUUCAGGGUCACAUCGGCGCUCUUCUUCUGGUAUCCUAAAGCGACCCCAGAGCCUUGCACUGAUAGAGGAUUCCAUGGCAAGUCAGCUUGUUGCCUCUGAGGAUGGACAGAGGAGAACAGUGACCUUCAGGCAGCAGGUUGCAAACAUUCUGCUGAAUGGGGUGCGAUAUGAGAGUGAUCUGAGUGAGAGUGUGGAGACAGGAGAAUGCCAAAUGUCAUUAAAGCUUCUGUGUAUAGCCAUCUACAGGAUGCCGCCCUCUCUGCGGAGUUUAUGCACAAAUCACUUUUUGGGCUGGCUGUCCUUUGAAGGAAUGCUGCUCUUCUACACUGACUUCAUGGGGGAAGUUGUGUUUGAAGGAGACCCCAAGGCACCCCACGACUCUGAGGCUUAUGAACGCUACAAUGCUGGUGUUAGCAUGGGCUGCUGGGGCAUGUGCAUCUAUGCAUUUAGUGCUGCUUUCUACUCAGCCAUAUUGGAGAAACUUGAGGAGCGUUUCUCUCUUCGCACACUGUAUUUUUUUGCCUACCUGGCAUUUGGUUUGGGGACAGGCCUAACAACACUAUCCACCAACCUCUAUGUGGUACUUUCUCUGUGUGUCACCUACGGGGUGCUCUUCUCCUCUCUAUGCACGCUGCCUUACUCUCUGCUGUGUGAAUACUACCAGAGCCCUCAGUUUUGUGGCUCAUCAGAGGAAGGGACCAAACGAGGGAUGGGGGUGGACAUCUCUCUGCUUAGCUGCCAGUACUUCCUGGCUCAGAUCCUGGUCUCUGUGGCGAUGGGACCUCUGACCUCACUGGUGGGUGGGGCCCAGGGAGUGAUGUACUUUUCAAGCCUGAUGUCAUUCGUUGGCUGCGUGUACUCCUCUCUCUGCGUGGUGUACCACCUGCCCCCCCCUGAGGGAAGAGGAGAAGUUGAAACUGGGGUGUGAAUCAGCAUUCAGUCGGAAACCGAACAAAACAGAAGAACAGCAAACAGGGAGAAGACUCAUGUGAACUGUGGGUUACCCUGGGGGUGGACAACACUGACAGAAAAGACUGGGGGUUCAUAGAGCCAGCAGGGAGUGCUGAUUUUGAUCUUUAGGGCGCAUGCUUAAAGAAGUAGGCUUUGCCUCCACCAUGCUCUCAGCCCAUCAAGUCAAUAUAGUGAUGACCUUACAUUUGUUAGCCAAGUUGCUCACAGGGCAUUCAAAAUUGAUUAAUUUUCCAUCCUGAAGAAGCCAUUUUCAUCAGCAGAACAGUACAUGUGAUAUAUGUUUUAAAUCGGUUGUCUCAUGGCAAACAGUAUACUUUAUCUGUUUGCCUUCAUUACAGGCCAACGCCGUGACUUCAGGGCCUGAACAUAAGGUUCAUCUCCGUACAUAUUGUUUGAUGGUUUCGUUGACUAGCCAACAAAGUGAAUAUCCAACAUUACAGAGGCGGUUUUAAUUGCUGCCUCAGCAGAAUGUCACUAUCACCUACUGUUAAAGCAUCCUGAACUGACUGGAGCAUGCCAUGCUAAUGUUUCUGAGGAAACAUGUAUUGUAUGGAUCAUGCUUUUGCAGCUUGCUUCAGAUAAAACAGAUUGGUUUGUGUUGUUUCCACCUAUUGCUCAAUUUCAGCAGUGUGACUGUAAAAGCUACUUUUAUUCAGGGUUCCGUUCAACUAAAAUGAUCAUUUUGCCA